AUGGAUAAUGUUCAGCUCGAUCCUACCUUGUCUGCCUCCUUCAUUGGUCUCAUCAUGGCCGUCUCUGGAUUGGGAGAAGCCGUUGCAGCACCGAUUUUCGGGUUGGUUUUCCUUUUCUUGAUGUCAGCGAUCGAUCAGUCAAUCAACCAAUCAAGUUACUGGACGAAUUGCACGGGAAUGAUCAUCCCUCCGUUGAUCGCUUCGGUUGGGAUGUCCAUUGUGGGAAAUGUGAUAUACAUGUGUUUGAAUGAAGUGCCAGUAGGCUUCAGGACCUAUGGACUUUUGCUUUCACGAUUUCUGAACGGCGCCGGGAGCGGAAACCGUGGUACAUACUUCGCGUAUAUCGCGGCGGCGAGUGACCCGAGCGACAGAGCGCGGUCGAUGGCUCUCUCUGGUGGUGGCGCCUUAAUCGGGCUAAAUGUCGGUCCAGCCGCUCAAAUGCUCUUCACAUGGAUCGGCGGCGAAGGGGUGAAUAUUGGAUUUAUGAGAGUUUCCAUGUACACAGCACCAGCCAUACUUGCCAUAGCGAUCAACAUUGCAUGUAUCGUCUUCCUUGUUUGCUGUUUGGAUGACGGUUUGGAUCGCUACAAUGGUCCCGACUCGGACAACGUUUCCACGUACAGUAUCGCAGCCGCCAGCGACUCUGACCUUGAGAGAAAUGCAGUAAAGACGGUACGAAUGGAUGUGCUCGCGGUAGUUGUCUGCAUGUGGACAAGAGCUGCUCGAAUGCUGAUCACAGCCAAUGUAGAGAGCAUUGGUUCACCUUUCUCAGAGGUGAUGUUUGGCCUGGACGAUGAACAAGUUCUGAACUACAAUUCAAUGAUGCAAGGAGCAGUCGGAAUGCUCACCACUGUGAUGUUCUUCGUUUACGCCUUCACUGACUAUUCAAAAUGGGUUUCCGAACGCCUGAACUGCCUGGGAGCGAUGAUAGCCUUGUUGGUCUUCCAUUUGCUGACAUUCUCGUGGCCAUUCCUCAGCGGUGAAAUGCCCGGAUGCGCAAAGUACGUCUCUGGAAAUGGUAGCACCCAUGGAUGGGAUUGGUGCGAGAGCCUGCAACCGAUCAAUUUCUGGGUCUACUACGUCGGCUACGCCCUCAUCUUCGGAAUAGGCCUUCCGUGUCUGAACAAUUCCCUCCAGUCGCUCUACAGUCAGAUUCUUGGCAAGGGCAGACAGGGAACCAUGCAAGGAAUCAAUCAGGCAGCCGGCUGCGUGUCGCGCAUUUUGGGCCCCCUCCUUAUGUCAACAACCUUCUCAUCAUUCGGACCACGUGCUACGUGGCUUAUCGAAAUUGGCCUGAUCUCUAUCUGUCUUGUUAUCUGGUGUACUGUCUAUCGUAGACUGAAACCAGCUGGAGCAGUAGAAAUCAAAGAACGAAAAAUCACUCUUGACCGAGGUGACCGUAAGAUCUCCAGAAGUGAUAGUAUGAGUACUAAUAUCUCAGUGAUUAGUGAUCCAUCGAAGGUGUGUGUCACGCCAUAA